GGACUCGACGGUCUCCCGACGUCGGUGCCAGCGCUGGGUGUCCACACAGGCCGGCACUGAUCAUUCACCACCGACCCGGCCCGGUCGCCGCUCUACCAAGACCCAGUAUUACACAGGAAGGAGGUGGGGGCCCAUCUCCUCAUCCCCAUUGGGUUUUAUUUUUAGCUUUCCCGGCUCAAGCCCCUCUAGAACGCUGUCACUAACACACACGCUCUCGCUCAGGAGAAUCUGCAGCCAGGGCAGUCCCGGAGAUCCAAGUUUCUCCGGGACCCCCGUCUCUCGGUCAGGAAGAACACCUGGCCACAGGCGAAGGAGCCCGGGACCCUCGGGGGCUCCGGAGGAUGGGCGAACCCGAGGCCGGGGUCCGGCCGGGGUCAGAGCUCGACUCUUGAUCGGGGCCUUUCGGCCCCGAGGAGAGCCCGGCGGCCACUUCCUCUUCGCCGUCGCUUCCCUUCCGCGGGGCCGCUCCCCCUCGCUCCCGCGGGAGACCCUGCCCUCUCCGCCGCCGCCGCCGGCCCGCCAUGCCGGUGGUCGUCGACCCCGCCGCGGCUCGGCGGACGGGCGCCAGGCCGGCCCCCGCCUCGGCUCACGGCACCAGCGCCGAGGCGGGGGGUCCGGGCCCCGGGGGGAUCUACUCGGCCAUCCUCAGCCGGAACUUCCCCAUCAUCGGGGUGAAGGCGAAGACCUUCGACCAGCUGCGGCAGACCUGCCUCGAGAAGAAGGGGCUCUACCUGGAUCCCGACUUCCCUCCCGACGAGACCUCGCUCUUCUACAGCCAGAAGUUCCCCAUCCAGUUUGUUUGGAAGAGACCCCCGGAAAUCUGCGAGAACCCCCGGUUCAUCAUCGGCGGAGCCAACCGAAUGGAUAUCUGCCAGGGCGAUUUAGGGGACUGCUGGUUCCUGGCGGCCAUCGCCUGCCUGACCCUGAACGAGCGCCUGCUCUUCCGUGUCAUCCCCCACGACCAGACCUUCACCGAAAACUACGCCGGGAUCUUCCACUUCCAGGUGAUGAGGACGACGACGGCGAGGACGGCGUUGCUUAGCGCCGUGCCGCGCACGUUCUGGCGCUACGGAGACUGGGUGGACGUGGUCAUCGACGACUGCCUGCCGACCUACAACAACCAGCUCGUCUUCACCAAGUCCAACCACCGCAACGAGUUCUGGAGCGCCCUGCUGGAGAAGGCCUACGCCAAGCUCCACGGAUCCUACGAGGCCCUGAAGGGCGGGAACACCACCGAGGCCAUGGAAGACUUCACGGGGGGAGUGACCGAGUUCUUCGAGAUCAAGGACGCGCCCCGAGACAUGUACAAGAUCAUGAAGAAAGCCAUCGAGAGGGGCUCGCUCAUGGGCUGCUCCAUCGACGACGGUACAGCCGUCACCUACGGGACGUCUCCUUCCGGCCGGAGCAUGGGAGACUCGAUUGAGCGCAUGGUGAGGAAUAUGGAUAGUUCCCGGCUGAGGCACGACGACCUCGACCCCCGAGGCUCGGACGACGGGCCGACCCGGACCGUCGUCGUCGCGCAGCACGAGACGCGCGCGGCCUGCGGGCUGGUCAAAGGUCACGCUUAUUCCGUCACCGGGCUGGAGGAGUCGCUGUUCAAAGGGGAGAAGGCGAAGCUGGUCCGGCUGCGCAACCCCUGGGGCCAGGUGGAGUGGAACGGCGCCUGGAGCGACGGCUGGAAGGACUGGGGCUUCGUGGACGAGGAGGAGAAAUCCCGGCUGCAGCAUCAGGUCACGGAGGACGGGGAAUUCUGGAUGUCCUACGAAGAUUUCACCAACAACUUCACCAAGCUGGAAAUCUGCAACCUCACGGCCGACGCGCUGGAGGCCGACGAGCUCCAGACGUGGACGGUGUCCGUCCACGAGGGCCGCUGGGUGCGGGGCUGCUCGGCCGGGGGCUGCCGCAACUUCCCAGACACGUUCUGGACCAACCCUCAGUACCGCCUGAAGCUCCUGGAGGAGGACGACGACCCCGAGGACACCGAGGUGGUCUGCAGCUUCCUCGUGGCCCUGAUGCAGAAGAACCGACGGAAGGACCGCAAGCUGGGGGCCAACCUCUUCACCAUCGGCUUCGCCAUCUACGAGGUGCCGGAGGAGAUGCAAGGAAACAAGGAGCACCUGCAGAAGGACUUCUUCCUGUACAACGCCUCCCGGGCCCGCAGCAAGACUUACAUCAACAUGCGGGAGGUGUCCGAGCGCUUCCGGCUGCCCCCCGGCGAGUACGUCAUCGUGCCCUCCACCUACGAGCCCCACCAGGAGGGCGAGUUCAUCCUCAGGGUCUUCUCCGAGAAGAGGAACCUCUCCGAGGACGCGGAGAACACCAUCGCCGUCGAUCGCCCUCCGAAAAAGCACAAGAGCAAACAGCAACAAGGAGCUGAGUGUGGACGAGGAGGAGGAGGAGGACGAGGCGGGCUCUGGAAAGCCAGAGAAACCCACCCAGCCGGCCCCGGGCCACGCGGACCAGGAGACGGACGAGCAGAAGCAGUUCCGGAACAUCUUCCGGCAGAUCGCCGGCGACGACAUGGAGAUCUGCGCCGACGAGCUCAAGAACGUCCUCAACGCCGUGGGCUACAAGCACGAGGACCCGAAGACGGACGGCUUCACGCUGGAGACCUGCCGCAGCAUGAUCGCCCUCAUGGACACCGACGGCUCCGGGCGGCUCAACCUGCGGGAGUUCCACCACCUCUGGGAGAAGAUCAAGAGCUGGCAGAGAAUCUUCGAACGCUACGACACGGACCGCUCGGGCACCAUCAACAGCUACGAGAUGCGCAACGCCGUCAACGACGCGGGUUUCCACCUCAACGGCCAGCUGUACGACAUCAUCGCCAUGCGCUACGCCGACAGGUCCAUGAACGUCGACUUCGACAGCUUCGUCUGCUGCUUCGUGCGGCUGGAGGGCACCUUCAGGGCUUUCCAGGCCUUCGACAAGGACGGGGACGGCAUCAUCAAACUCAACGUGCUGGAGUGGCUGCAGCUCACCAUGUACGCCUGAGCCCGGCCCGACCCGCCGCCGCCGCCGCUCCACGGCUCCCCGCCUCCGGCCCGCGCCGGACGCGAGACCCCCGGAGGGCCGGUGCCCGCGGCCGGCGAUCCUCUUGCCCCCCCCGCCGGGCCACCGGAGGGGCACGUCUGGGGGCGAGGGCCAGGAAAGCCGGGCCGGUCGCGACCGCAAGUCCCCCCCCGCCGACGCCCCACAGGAGACCUGGAGGGGGGUACUGAGGACACGGCGGGGGGCACGACGCGCGCCCGGCUUCCGCCCCCCCCCAUCCUCCCCGGGGGUGGGCCGGGGGGCGUCGGAGCUAAUAAAGUCUCGCCCGGUUUGGCCUCGGCG